GAACUGGGAAGAGUCGAGUCCACACUGUUGUGGUUAAAAUACGACGGUGUGUGCAGCUCUGCGGGGAGGAUGACGCUACUUCUGAUGUUUUAGAGGUCAUCUAUCGGUGCGAGGUGAAACUACUCGGUCGACUGGUGUUGUCGGUGAGGAGCAAGGCUAGGAUGUCUGGUGCGGCCGGUGGGGGGGGAGGCUCCUCCUGCUCGGGCGCAGCAGCCGCGGCCAGCUGCAGCUCCUCGGCCGGGGGAGGCGGAGGGGCGGCCGGGGUGGCCGGGAGGCUGCCGGCCCGAGUCCUGGAGCACAUUUUCUCCUAUCUGGAGCUGUGUGACCUGAUGCAGUGCGCGCUGGUGUGCUGGCACUGGAACAACAUGCUGGCGGACGAAAACAGCGAGGUGUGGCGCAGCCUGUGCAGCCGGACCCUCACCGACGAGGCGCUGCGCUCAGACAUCCUGUGCAACCUGCCCUCCUACAAGGGGAAGCUCAAGUCCUACCAACACGCUUUGAGCUCCCACGACUGCUCCCGCAACGUUUACGUGAAGAAGAACGGCUUCACCCUGCACCGCAACCCCAUCGCCCAGAGUACCGACGGCGCACGGGGCAAAAUUGGCUUCGCAGAAGGCCGGCAUGCCUGGGAGAUCUGGUGGGAGGGCCCUCUGGGCACGGUGGCCGUGAUAGGCAUCGCCACCAAGCGGGCAGCGAUGCAGUGCCAGGGCUACGUGGCCCUGCUGGGCACCGACGACCAGAGCUGGGGCUGGAACCUGGUCGACAAUAACCUGCUCCAUAACGGGGAGGUCAGCGGGAACUUCCCACAGUGCAACAAUGCACCGAAAUACCAGGUAGGAACUAAAGUCACAGUCCGAUGUAAUUGUUUUUGUUGGUAUUUGUGUAAUCCGCACCUACAAUGUGAUGCUCGUCCACAGAUUGGGGAAAGAAUACGAGUCAUUCUCGACAUGGAUGACAAGACUUUAGCCUUCGAGAGGGGCUUUGAGUUUCUGGGAAUAGCGUUUCGAGGACUCCCCAAAGCCUGCCUGUUCCCCGCCGUGUCUGCGGUUUACGGCAACACCGAAGUCACCAUGGUCUACCUGGGAAAACCUCUGGACGGUUAGAACCAGAACAACCUGUGCUGCCAAUUUUAAUUUAUAAGCUCUGGACAAGUGCAGGACUUUUCUUUUUUCUUUUUUUUUUUUGUCAACGGACCGACGGCGCCGUGCAAACACGAUGACUCUAUUCACGUAAGCAGCAAGCACUGCUGGCGUUUUCUACAGGACAGUAAAAUCCACCUGGAAUUAGUUUCUGUAUCAACCGUGGAAGUUUCCACUUUUACAGUUAAGCUGCAGGACAGAGUAACAUUGUUUUAAUUGAUGAUAACCACAUUAACAGCACUAUACUGUACACUCACUUGAGAUUUUAUGCCCGCUUGAACGAGGCCAAAAACUACUCUUAUAUGUGGCAAAUACUUUAACAUUUUUAAUGAAACAGUGGUUGUUUGUCGUACAAGUUACUGGAACAACUCUGUUAUUGAUUCACACAGUUUAACUUUCAUCUAUGACUGGAUAGUAAUGCAUUUAUGCCAAACCAUUGUGACCCGUUGUGUUACUUGGAUAUAGUUAAACGCAGAGGAUAUGCAGCCCGGCUGGACGUCACACUUGUGCAUGGAUGGCGGACUGAAAGAUCUCCCCUCUUAAAGAACUCAACCAGUAAUGGUGCAAUGCCGAACUCGGUUCAUGGUAAUGUGUCCUUUUUCAUGUGCUCUUGAAGUAUUACACAUUAUUUAUUUUGUGGUUUUAUCCCUGGUACUCCAGACACUCUAAGGUUAUAAUACCUGUAGUCCAUUAUAGUCCACAUGGUGCCACUAUUAAAAUAAAAAUGGUGUAUUUUCUUUUUUUUAUUAUUAUUAUUUUUAUUAUUAUAAUGUAUGAUGAUCAUAUUUGGCUUUUAUUACAGUUUGUUUUCAUGUAUUUCCAAUAAAGGCCACAAAGGAAAAAGGGAGACUGCAAGAGCUACACAAUGCUGUCUUAAAAAAAACAAAAAGGAAAAAAUUUCUUUAAAUGAAAUAGAAACUGGUAUUUUAAUGUGACGGGACUAAUUUGAUGAUAUAGACACAGGUUUUUUUUUUUUUUUUAAAGAAGAGAAAUUUAACACAAGUCUGCUGAGUAAAUUUAAAAUCAAAAUAAAGGUCAACUCAAAUGUUCAAGUGUCUUGAAAACAAAAAACACUUCUGCAGCACUUGAGCCAGAUCAAGUUCAUUUUAGCGGUUUUAUUUAUCUGAAGAAAUACAAAGAUAACAUCCCGUUUUUUAACUGAAAUAUAUUUAUUUUUUGCCAAAAUUUGUGUUUUUUUCUUCCGUCACAAAAAGUACUUGAGCUAGGAAAAAGGAGACGAAACACUGGAACAAUUGUAACGCUUAACAGAAGAU